UACCUCGACUGAGAUAUCAUUACUAAGCAUGUCAACACUCAAUGGCACUCUUAUAGUUCGCAAGGAGCAAAUGUUUUCUUUCGAAGUUCAGUGCAAUGUAGUAAGGAAGAUAACUAGAUGAUCCGAAACCCAGACCGAUUCAACUACAGCUUCAAACCCGAGUAUUUCCAAUUUAAAAAAGCUACAUACCAGGACUUUGGGUGGAUCAGCGUUGGUGUGUGAAGAACUUUGUGGACGGAAAGACUGCUUCUCAAUAUUAGUGGUUCAAGGAUACAGGAAACUUCGCCGAGAGUUUGGUGUACAGCUGGCGAAUUUGAAAUGCUGUGGUGCUAAUUGUAAAUGUAGACAUCAUUCUGCGAUCUUCUGUUCGAGAAAGAUUGAGAAAUCGAGAGACAGACAAGAUGGUAUACAUCGACUUCAUGCCUAAACUAGUCCAGUAUUACGGAGGAGCACACUCCAAAUACGAAAGCUUCAGACGACUUAUGCAACGUGCCAACGAUUGGCUGGAGAGGAAUCCCCAAGUUGUUGUCAUCAACUGUGAAACUGUGGCUAUCAAACCAAACGAGUAUUACUUGGAGGAUUUCGACAACAAGAUCACGAUUUGGGAUGAAUUCUUCAUGGAGACAAUUGCUGGGAAAACACGAACUGCCAGACAUCCAGUAUUACAUGUUUUGAGAAUUUGGUAUCUUGGGAAGACGUUUGCCGAGGAGGGCGACGACGACGAUGAUGAUGAUGACGAUGAGAGCACAAUCAGCGAAGAAGAAGCCGAGCAGAGGAGGAAAGCAUCCAUGAAGAAGCGAAAGUCUAUAUUCGAAAGGAACGAGAGCAUGGCCACUUUUAAACAGGACGCAGAUCGGAGAAAGUCGAUUAGUUCUAAAGCUAGCAAGGACAGUAAGGGGAAGAAGAAGGAUGAUAAAGGGAAAACAAAGUCCGUAGCGUUCUCCGACACAAAAGACGUCAAACACUUGGAAAAAGAUGACGAUGAUGACGUCAGCGAAAUAGAGGAGGACGAACUGCGACCGCAGCAGAUUGGCUACGUAAAUAUCAUACCGUGCCGGUAUCGUAGCAGCAAAGAUCUGAGGUCGAAGCGGAGGUUCGAACACCUUGGCGCUACUAUUGGGCGGUUUAACAAUAACAUGGAGGAGAGACAUUUGCCCGGGGAAAUUAUCAGCACCGAGAUCUACACGGUUCCCAUGUCAGCCAACGGAUGUGAAUAUCCUGAUGCCACCUUCUGGAGAUUUGGCGAACUAGAGUUCCAUAUGGCCAGAGUCUAUUAUUUGCUCGGCGAGUCACUUGGAGAGAAAAUAGGUUUUGCCGACUUCAUUCCAAUGAACGAUGGUGUCGAAGAUUUUACGCACAUGGUCAGCAGGGCAAAUGAAUGGAUUCAGAAACAGUCAAAAAUACAUGUCACCAACUUCAGGACCGACUGGUGUAACUUCGGCGCUGAUAAGGACAAGACAAUAGAGUAUCUUUAUCUGAUACGUACACAACCUACUUUCGUUGAGAGCCAGUCCGCAAUACGCCGGGUGUGGAUCAAUGCCAAGCUUGUUCGUGUACUGAGAGUAUGGUACACCACCCCACUGCGACCAGAACUAGUGGAAGUGCCACCCAAUCCCGUCGUAAAAUGGACGCUGUUCGAGGCUGAGAUAUUAGUGCAGAAGACGAUAGAGAGGGUGGAGACCUUCACAGAAGUCAUCAGGAGGGCGCUCAUUGAUCUUGAAAAACUAGAAGCUCAGAUCCUGAAUGUGGAAACAGUUGUGUUGUUCUCUGAAUACAGCAAGAGAAAACUCCGCCGUGAGGAGAUGGACGUCAACGUCGGCCUCCAAAUUAAACACAUGCUUAGGUUUUACAUCUUCGGGAACAUUUUCACCAAUCAGCUCAGGAUCAAAAUUCCCAAGCGAACGCGUGACCAAGCCAAAGCUACAGGGGCGUGGAAGGACCUAGGGGCAAGGCUGCAAGGUGGAGGCCAGGCGCCGACCGUCGGGCGACCGGGGGGCGGCGGGGCUACAAAAUCAAAGGCCUGUGUUAUAUCAUGAAGUAUUUGCAAGAAAUAUGUAUAAACUAUUAUCUUAACAAUGGUUCUCACUAAACAUAUACAUUUACACCUUGGUUAUGUUGUAACAUGCUUUACAUCUAAAAAAAUCCGGUAAAAGCAAUGAAAGUAGCCGCAAAAAAACCUCUAAUAAUUGCGGCACUUUCGAUUGGCAUUAAUGUUGGCGUUAUUUGUUAUCAUACCAUUAAAUGGUAAACCACAACUAAUAAACACCAUUAUGCCAGAUUUCAAUAAUUUUGAUGAUGGAAACUUCUUUGUAAGUUUGUAGACAUAACAAUAAUGCAUAAAAAAGAUCGGCCAGG